UUAAAACAUAUUUCAACAGAAAAUUGGUACAUGUGGUCUACGUCUACUCUAGUUUGACUUGACUGACGGCAAUUUGUUUUGUUGGAAUCGGUACUGAUUGUUGACGUUUACAAGUGAAGCUUUCAGUUGACAAUUUACGAAAAAAGUGAAGUGUGACAUCAAACAUGUCAUGUAAUUAUGCCGAUGGGCUAUCACCCUAUGAGGAUAAAGGAAAACUUGGAAUACCAGAGAAAUUUGACAGCUUGGAAGAAGUUGCUGGAAAGAUCUUAAUUUUAUCCAAAUGGAUAAAAGAAGCAAAGCAUGUAGUCAUGCAUACAGGUGCUGGGAUAAGUACACCAGCAGGAAUCCCAGAUUUCAGGGGCCCCAAAGGAGUGUGGACAUUGGAGAAAAAAGGCUUGAAACCCCAAAUAAAUGUCUCGUUCGAUGAUGCAGAACCAACGUUCACACAUAUGGCAAUUAUUGCCUUAUUCCAGAAAAACUUUCUUCAUUAUGUAGUUAGUCAAAACAUUGAUGGUCUUCACCUAAAAUCAGGACUGGAUAGGUCAAAACUUUCUGAGCUUCAUGGAAAUAUGUUUAUUGGCCAGUGUAGCCUUUGUUCUAGACAGUACAUUCGGCGAAAAGCUGUAACAUCUGUGGGUCAAAGAGAAUUGCCUGUUGACUGUCCUGCCCUGAAAGGAGGGAAACUGUCAUGCAGAGGAAAGCUACAUGACACAAUACUAGAUUGGGAACAUGAACUACCAGUCAGGGAUUUAGGAUUGGCCGAUAUCCAUUCAAAUGUUGCGGAUUUGAGUAUUUGUUUGGGUACCACAUUACAAAUUGUCCCCAGUGGUACAUUGCCGUUAGCAACAAAGCGUAAAGGUGGCCGCCUUGUCAUCAUAAAUUUACAACCAACAAAAUGGGAUAAAAAAGCAGAUCUUGUAAUCAAUACUUAUGUCGAUGACGUUAUGAAACUAUUGCUCAAAGAAUUAAACACUCCUUUCCUGCCUUACGAUCCGAAAUGCGAUCCUACUCGGCAGCCACUUAGCGAAAAAGAAAUGUGGCAAGAAGAAUUUACUAAACGAGAAUGGACGCUAGCACCGCGUGUUGUUAACACGACACGCAAACGACUCUCCCACUUGGAAACUAAAGCUCAGCCAAAACCGAAGAAGGUGAGGCAAAAACAUCAAGAGGAACCGUCUCGCAGUCAAUUAAAUAGUCCAGGUAACUCUGGUUGUCGAGGCGAAGGCAGUAAACAAAUUGAUAUGGCAGAUCCCGUCAAAGUUGAGCCAGCUGAAGAACAGUGCAAUGGAUUGAAAGAGCAACAAAGAGGUGACUACAUAGUUACUGAGCAGAUCACAGGGAAGAAGUUAAAACAAGAAACCAUCCAUUUGCAAAGCGAAAAUGGGGAAGUUCAAUCCACCACGAACUUAUAGCUUACGGUGGAAAAGGGCUUUAUAAUAAAAUAUCUGGGUUUUAAGAUUCUGACAAAGGAAAAUCGAGCGGGUUAUAAUGCAUUUCAAACAUGGUCUCAUUCGAUGUGGAAUCCCUCUCUCCCUAACUAUUUGUGUUAUUUCUAGGCUACUUCGUUUGUUUUAUUGUCUUUGGUUUCGUUGUAAUUGUCGUAUUUGUCCGCUGGUUGGCUGAAAGGCAAGACGUCAAUUUCGGACUCUUCAACUUGCCUAGAACGUUGUUCUAUUGAUAUUAGACCUGUCGUCACACAUCACGCUGUUGUGAUUCUCUUACGAUUACGUUUUGUACCAAUAAACUAAAUAGAAGCAAAA